UUGAUCCACCCGGCCUCCCGUAUGCUAUUCAGCUGAGCUAAUAAAUAUCGAUACAGCAGCCCAGUCCAUUCAUUGAUAUGAUCCGCAUAGAAAACGACCCCGAUUCAAACCGAAACGGCGAGGCAGGGAGAAAGACCGGCCGGGGGGGCAGAUAACCGAAGUAUAAGUUAGGAUGUCGGCUUCCGCGGUGUUCAUUCUGGAUCUGAAAGGCAAGGUGCUGAUCAGUCGGAAUUACAAAGGAGACGUCGACACCACGGAGAUUGACCACUUCCUGCCUCUGCUGACGCAACAGGAAGAGGAGGGGCUAGCCUGCCCGCUCCUCUCGCACGGGAAAGUGCACUUCCUGUGGAUCAGGCACAGUAACCUCUACUUGGUGGCUCUCACCAUGAAGAACUCCAACGCCUCCCUGGUUUACUCCUUCCUCUACAAGAUAGUCGAGGUCUUCACUGGGUACUUCAAGGAGCUGGAGGAGGAGAGUAUCAGGGAUAACUUCGUGGUGGUUUACGAGCUGCUGGAUGAGCUCAUGGACUUCGGCUUUCCCCAGACGACCGACAGCCAAAUCCUGCAGGAGUACAUCACUCAGGAAGGGAACAAGCUGGAGGUCGCCAAGCAGCGCGUUCCCAACACCGUGACCAACGCCGUGUCCUGGCGCUCCGAGGGCAUCAAGUACAAGAAGAACGAGGUCUUCAUCGACGUCAUCGAGUCCGUCAACCUGCUGGUGAACGCCAACGGGAACGUGCUGAGCAGCGACAUCGUGGGCAGCGUCAAGCUGAAGGUGAUGCUGUCAGGGAUGCCAGAGCUCAGACUGGGGCUCAAUGACCGGGUCCUUUUCGGGCUCACCGGCCGAGACAAAGGCAAGUCGGUGACGAUGGAAGACGUCAAGUUCCACCAGUGCGUGCGACUGUCCCGUUUCGAGAACGACCGCACCAUCUCCUUCAUCCCUCCCGACGGAGACUCCGAACUCAUGUCGUACCGCAUCAACACACACGUAAAACCGUUGGUCUGGAUCGAGUCUGUGAUUGAGAAAUUCUCCCACAGCCGAGUUGAAAUCAUGGUGAAGGCGAAGGGUCAGUUUAAGAAGCAGUCGGUCGCCAACAACGUUCAGAUCUCGGUGCCGGUUCCGAGCGACGUGGACUCACCGCGGUUCAAAACCAGCGUGGGCAGCGCCAAGUACGUGCCGGAGAAGAACGUGGUGAUCUGGACCAUCAAAUCAUUCCCAGGUGGGAAGGAGUUUCUCAUGAGAGCUCAUUUCGGACUGCCCAGUGUGGACAAGGACGAGCUGGAGGGGAGACCGCCCAUCACCGUUCAGUUCGAGAUCCCCUACUUCACUGUGUCUGGGAUCCAGGUGCGAUACAUGAAAAUCAUAGAGAAGAGUGGCUACCAGGCUCUGCCCUGGGUCAGAUACAUCACUCAGAGUGGAGAUUACCAGCUCAGAACAAACUCCUAAACCUCUCGACUCAAGGAACCAGGGUGCAAUUCUAGAGCCGAGUUCAAGUGCCUUUUCUUGCAGUACGAAUUUCAAUACCAAACCCAGUUUGUGAUUUUAUACUUUUUAUAUAUAAUAGCGACAGCUUUUGUUUUUUUUUUUUUUUGUUUUUCUAAUAUCAUUGCAACACUCCUCCAAAAUAAGGACCUCUCCUGGCCUCGCUGUUGCAAAGUGAAGGGGUGGUCUUUCCACUGCUAGACCCCCCCAGAUCGGACCCUUCAGCUACCCUCUGCCAGUCCUGUUGUGCUUGCUUGACCCUGUACAGUAACUCCUAGAACAGAAGAAGGAGGCUCCUAUUAAAAGUGACUCAUCGUAUAUUUGCACGGCCCUUUAGAAAUCUGACCUCUCACUUUUGCCAUUACAUUUAUUGUGCAAUAUAAUAUAACCACGUUAACAAUUCUAGGGCAACGGCUUAAAAAGACGACACAGAAUAAUUGCACUUAUCAUAAAUAUGUAAGGGAAGCUUGUGUUGUGUGUGUGUUUUUUUUUUUAAGAGUUAUACCAAAUGUGGGUGGUGGUAGAUGGUCUGGUCUUCUAGUUGAACCCCACGACGCAUCUUCAGGUUCAGCACAGAGAGAAGAACGAGAGGGCGUGCGUGGGGCCCCAGUAGAGUUCAGCACAGGAGGUGGGAAGCCUUGUUUUACACACAGAGUUAGAAAUGCAUGGAACAGCCCACCGGGCUGGUAAGAUUUAAAACGCUGGGAGCAUUUCAAUAGAAGACUAGAUUCUGUGCGAAAGAAAGGAUGGUUUUAAACACAGUGGAAGUGAACGUAUGCUGUGCAGCAUAUACCUGGGAAAGAAUGAAUUUUACAAGAUAAAAAAAUAAAAAAUAAAAUUAAUAAUAAAAA